GGAGGAGGAGGAGGAGGAGGGGCGGACUUAAACAGCACAAGAAGAUGGACAAGGGCUAGCAGCUCGAGGAUACUUUGAUUAAACACCAGCUUGGGUGGGCUCGAUGGCUGAGUCAGGACCCCGUGAUGAUUCUCCCUCCCCAGGCAAUUGUAAACACUCUCUCCACUGGACGCUGGCAGAGCUGCUAAGCCGGCAACUGGGUACCAAACAGCUCUGUGUCACAUGAGAGGCCUGGCUGGAGUCACAGUGGCCCGGGAUACUAUUCUUAGCUGCAGGAAUGUACACAGUGGCCUCAUGGCGAGCUCCACAGCGCCUAACUGGAAAGCCUCGUCAUUUCUCUGUGUCAUGCUCCUUUUCUUUCCCUCUUUCAUAUUCUUCUCUCUCUGGAUAAUGUUCUGGUUCUCUUUUGGUUGGAAGUGAUACUUUUUCUGAGCAGACUGGCAAGACAUUUUGGAUAUUAUUGAUUUACUGAGGACAGGAGAAUGGCCCGUAGACCACGAGAAGCUUCCUCUUUCAAAGACUCUGACCUCCCCUCAAACCUACUUGCCCAGCUCAACAUCCUCCGGCAGGAGCGGAUCCUGACAGAUGUCCUGCUCUGCACUGAGCACCAGGAGAUCCCCUGCCACAGGAACGUCCUGGUGUCCAGCAGCCCGUACUUCCGCGCCAUGUUCUGCAGCAACUUCCUUGAGAGCAGCCAGGCAAGAGUGAAUCUGAAGGGAAUUUCUUCAGACAUCCUCAGUGGCAUUGUGGACUAUGUUUACACGGGUUGCAUCACAAUCACCAUGGAGAUUGUGCUCCCUCUCAUGCAGGCAGCGUCAAUGCUCCACUAUGGAGGUCUGUUUGAGGCCUGCUCGAUGUUCCUCCAGGAGCAGCUUAGUCCAGAAAACUGUCUGAGCAUGAUACGACUGUCUGAGAUCCUUCACUGUGAGAGUUUAAGAGACAGGGCAAGAGAGAUGGCUGUGAGGUGUUUCUCUGAUGUAGCUGCUACCGAGGACUUCUGUGAGUUAUCUCUUCCUGAGCUCAUGUGUUACUUAGAGGAUGAUCGACUUUGUGCUGAGGAAGAGCAAGUGUUUGAGACCCUCCUGGCAUGGAUCCACCACGACCCGUUCUCACGACAAGGUGCCAUCCAUGAUCUCUUCAAGAAAGUCCGUCUGCGCUACAUCCAUCCAACUUACCUUUUCCAGUUUAUCGCCAAUGACCCAUUGGUGCAGUCUUCCAGCCUCUGUACUGAGAUAAUUGAGUCAGUGCGGCGCCUCAUGCUCUCUGUCAGCGCCAAGUGUAGCCGUGAACUCAAGCCGCUCUGGACCACACCAAGACGUUACACCUGCCGGGAGACUCUGGUGGUGGUUGGAGGACGCAAAAACAAUGAGCAGACUUCCCGAGAGGCCUUGCUUUAUGACGAAAGGACCCAGCGUUGGCAGUGGUUGGCCAAGCUCCCUCUGCGGCUCUACAAAGCUGCGUACGUGUGUAUUCAUAGCAUCCUGUAUGUGCUCGGAGGGCUCAGCCUCUGCAUGGCAUCAGGCGACAGCUCAGUCAGUGCCACAGUUUAUACACUCUCACUUAAGACCAACCAGUGGAGGACUGCUGAGCCCAUGUUGGAGCCACGAUAUGCCCACCAAAGUGUGUCCUUUCUGCAUUUCAUUUUUGUGUUAGGAGGCAUUGGUGUAGACAAGAAAAUCUCUCGGUCAGUGGAGAGGUAUAACAGUAUGUUUAAUCAGUGGGAGGCCAUGGCACCAAUGCCCACAGCGGCGCUGCAUCCAGCAGUAGCAGCCAGUGACCAGAGGAUCUAUGUUUUCGGAGGAGAGGACGCCAUGCAGAACCCAGUCAGGCUGAUUCAGGUGUAUCACAUCUCUCGCAAUUUGUGGUCCAGACUAGAAACGAGGACAGUGAAAAAUGUUUGUGCUCCUGCUGCCGUCAUAGAGGAUAAGAUCUACAUCAUAGGAGGGUAUACCAGGCGGAUGAUCGCCUACGACACCAAGGCCAACAAAUUUGUCAAGUGUGAGAAUCUGAAGGAGCGAAGAAUGCACCACAGCGCUACGGUGAUCAACAACAAGCUCUACGUCACUGGUGGACGAAUCCUCAAUGGCCAUGAUAUCAUCGAGGACUCAGACUGCUUCGAGUGUUAUGACCCAAAGACAGAUGUGUGGACCUCCAAAGGUUCUUUGCCGUACAAGUUAUUUGACCAUGGUUCUCUGCCGUUAGUCUGUGUUUCCAACAGACCCAACCCACCGUGACCCAUGAUCAAACCACCCGCCAGGGUGAGGGCUUUGCUACAUGUUCUUCACCUCCCCUUUGCCAUGAGUUAUUGGCCUCUAACUACACAAAUGGGGAACCAUUUCAAACUAACUGCAUUCUUUCACGCAGCUCAGUCUCUGACACAACUUAGCGGCACGUUAAGUCAGGCUGACUUUUAUCUGACUCAAAGGAGAGCUCAGCUGACAAGCAGAGGUGUCAUUAUUGAGGCACCUGAGGUAGAACUGAACUGAGAACCCCAGAGAUCACAAGAGGCAGACAUACUUACACAACAAGCAGCUGUUCAGACACAUACGUAAUCCAGAAAGCUCUUUCCAUUGAUGGCUGCACUCUUUUGAUGCAAACUAAAAGUGUUUAUGCUUUAAUUUCCCAGACAUUUCUACACAGCAUAUCACUGUGUGCAGCUGCAGUUUACUUUCCUGUAACAAUUUUAAUUACAUAAGGGAAUUGUGUGUCUGGCUGCAAGCUUCUCUGACAAAAAAGACAGAUCAGACAGUUAAUAAAUAUGCACUUUAUAGAAAUACAUUCCUCCUUGACCCAAAUGCUUCUAUCAGAGCGCUGAUGAGAUCAAUUGUGACAGAACAUGGACGAGCUCCCACGGCAAAGUACAGCAGUUUCUAUCAGCUUCUAUCAUGUUUGCUGAAACACUGCUGAGAAGGGAGAAUUUUACUUAAAUGAAAUGAUUAGAGCCAACAUUAUUCCAGUCAAGUUGGCUUGAUUCACACUAACUUUGUGAAUUAUUCCCAAAACCCCCAACAAAGCAUGUUCUUUAUAACGUUUCAUGGAUGAUUCACUUGCAACAAACAGGAGGCAGAAUAAAAAUACUUAAAUAUAUAUGCAUGAUUGCAUUUCCUAAAGUGGUGGUUUACCUUUAAUUUAUCAAUGUGCUAUUGUUGCUAGUUAAAGAAAAUGGCUUCGCAGGCAGCUACUGAAUGUUGAUGUGAGGAUAUGUGAAGGCAACUGCCCAAUGGUGAUGCAGUGACCUGCUAAGGGCAACCAUGACUGGAAAUGGUUUGGCAGAGUUUCUCAGUUUUUUUAUGACGUUCUGCAUGUACAUACUGUAUGUAGCCAGCAGGUGAAGCAUGUUCUACUGAUCUGAAAUCAAUCGUCUCUUCAUCUGAGGAGAGAAAAACUGUUGUAUCAGUUGUAUACUGUUGACUUUAAAAUAAUCAUAAUCACUUCUGUAUUCACCUUGACCUCUACGGAGCAUACAUACAGUACCAAAGUUUGGACACACCUUCCCAUUGACUUGAAUGAGAAAGUGUAUCCAAACUUUUGACUGGUACUAUACAUUCACUGCUCAACAAGCCUCUGGCCCCGGUAACAAUUGCCAUGGCAACCCCAUUAUCACCCAAUUGGAUUGUCCAUGACAUGCAUCCCUGUAGUGAAUAUAUUUAAGACAGCAUCAGUGAUCGGCUGCAUGAUGCAAAUGUGUUGCAGUUACUUGCACAAUUGAGAGACUUGCUCUUUUUUUGAUGUAUUAUUUGUAUGUGGUGUAUUAUACUCUUUGUACUGUAUGUGGUGAUGCUACAAAUAAAAUACAGUUUCUUA